AUGGAGCCCGAGGAGCGGAAGAUCUCGGUGUGGAUCUGCCAGGAGGAGAAGCUGAUCUCCGGGCUCUCCCGGCGGACCACCUGCUCGGACGUGGUGCGGGUGCUGCUGGAGGACAGCCACCACCGGCGGCAGCGCCCGGCGCCGCCCGAGCCCGCCGGCGGGAUGCUGUCGGGGCCGCCGCACUCCUACUGCAUCGUGGAGAAGUGGCGCGGCUUCGAGAGGAUCCUGCCCAACAAGACGAAGAUCCUGCGGCUCUGGGUGGCGUGGGGGGACGAGCAGGAGAACGUGCGCUUCGUGCUGGUGCGCAGCGAGGCUUCGCUGCCCAACGCCGGGCCGCGCAGCGCCGAGGCGCGGGUGGUGCUGAGCAAGGAGCGCCCCGGCCGCGGCCUGGGGGCGGCCCGCGCCAGCCUGGCGCUCACGCAGGAGCGGCAGCGGCGGGUGGUGCGGAAAGCCUUCCGCAAACUGGCCAAGAUCAACAAGAAGCGGCAGCAGCCGCUGGCCCGGGAGGCCUCGUCGGCGGAGAGGAUGGAGACGCUGGUGCACCUGGUGCUCUCGCAGGACCACACCAUCCGACAGCAGAUCCAGCGGCUCCGCGAGCUGGACCGCGAGAUCGACAGGUACGAGGCUAAGAUCCACCUGGACCGCAUGAAGCGGCACGGCGUCAACUACGUGCAGGACACCUACCUGGUGGGCACGGGCGGCGGCGAGCCCGAGCCGGGCCGGGAGCCGGGCCAGCCCGCCGCCGGCCGCCCCGAGGAGGACUACGCCAGGAAGUGCGAGGAGGUGCUGCAGCUGCAGGAGCAGCGGGCGCAGCAGGAGGAGCUGCUGGAGCACCUGGCCGCCGAGAUCCAGGAGGAGCUGAACGAGCGCUGGAUGAAGCGGCGGCGGGAGGAGCUGGAGCUGGCGGCGGGGCCCGGGCUGGCCGACGCGGACUGCGACACCACGGAGCUGAGCGGCGGCGAGGGCGAGCUGCACCUGGAGCACGAGCGGGUCAAGACCCAGCUGAGCACCAGCCUCUACAUCGGCCUCAAGCUGAGCACGGACCUGGAGGCCGUCAAGAGCGACCUGGACUGCACGCAGCGGGCGUGGGAGGACAAGGAGCGGGAGCUGCAGCGGCUGCUGGAGACGCUGGGCACCCUGGACGUGGCGGAGGCGGCGGCGGAGCCGCGCGGGGCGGCGGGCGGGGGGCGGCCGGCGGCGGCGGGGGGCGGCUGGGUGGAGCAGGCGCGGGCGCUGCGCAAGGACCGCGCCGACAACGACGAGGACUCGGACACGGGGCUGAGCUCCAUGCACAGCCAGGACUCGGACUCGCUGCCCGUCUGCGAGUCCCUGGUGUAGCGCCCGCCCGCCCCGCCGCGGCCAGCCCCGAGCGGAGCGCGGUGCCGGGGCAGAGGGCGGCGGAGGACUGCGGGCAAGUGUGGGGCAGGCGAGGAGCCUCCCGGCGCAGGAGGCAGUCACACAGAGGAAACAUUUUAAUUUGAGCUCUGGAGUUUAAACUUGUUCUGACUAGUCGUCCGCGGGCAGCGUUUAGGCUGGCUCGCCGGUACUUUUAUCUGAGGAAGAGAAAACCCACAGCGUGUUUGUGCUUCGUGGUCGUCUGGGGUUGCUCGCUCCUUAGAUCCUGCGUCAGGCUUCCCUCCGAAGCUUCUCUUGCCGGACCUUUUACUCCUCCGGCUGCCCACGAUCUCCCCGGGUGCUCCGGGUAAGCUCUUCACGAGCGAAGGGCCAGGACGCGCUCCCGAGCGGGGAUCUGCAUCUCCCGAACAGGUUCUCGGCAUCGCAGAGUCAGAUGGCGGCUUGUGGUGGUUUUACUGGGCUCUACUGGCCGUCACAAAUACACCCGGCUCCUUUACAGGCAAAAAGUCGCUACACCAAAGCUGCUGAUCAUUUAAACAUCAUUUAAAGAGGAAAAGAGGCGUCAGUCC